CCAAAUGAUAAUUUUAAGAAAAAUCCAACUAAUAAAUAAAAUUACAUCUAUUAACUCGGCGGGUAGAAUCAUUAAUCACUUCAGUCAACUUAAUCACCGGUAGAACCAACCACUGGGCAGCCUCUUAAGACUUCAAAGCAUACCCCUUCAAUUUCAAUUCUCCUUCAAUAUAUGGACCAACUACAACUAGUCAAUUCUAAUUUGCCUUCCCUACCGAUUGAAAUUUGGAGAUAAAUUUAAAACGUGAAAAGAGCAAAAAAAAAAAAAAAACAAAAACAAAAGAAGACCCCUUAUUAUUAUUAUUAUUAUUAUAGGUCGCUGCCCCACAAACGCCCAGCGGGAAAAUUCUUAUUGGCAACCGCAGCCUCACGGUCCACAGCGAAGUCUCAUCAGACAAAGCAGGCGUACCUAACUCCAUAGCCUACUUGAAAUUGCACGCCCCUGCCACUUCCUCUGCCGAAGACAAGGUGCGCCUCACAACUGCGACUGCUUGCUUCAAGCUGGAUCCGGAUCCUCGAGGAACCUGAGAUUUCGAUGCCUCGAUGGGCUUUCUCUCCGGGCUGUGCGCGUGCUUGGAGAGGCGAGUGAAAGGCCGCAGAGGCUCCGAUGGCGGCGCCGGAGGGGAGGCCGACGAAGGGGAAUCCCCGAGCCUGUUCUUCGACCUUCGGACUCUGCAAAUUGCUACCAACUUUUUCUCGGACUUGAACCUGCUCGGGCAUGGAGGGUUUGGGCCGGUUUACAAGGGGUUAAUGCCGGAUGGUCAAGAAAUAGCUGUGAAGAAGCUGUCUCUGACAUCAAGACAGGGAAUGAGAGAAUUCAUUAAUGAAGUGAAACUGUUACUGAAAAUUCAGCACAAGAACCUGGUUAUGUUGUUGGGGUGUUGUGCAGGACCUGAGAAGAUGCUUGUCUAUGAGUUUCUGCCAAACAAGAGCCUUGACUAUUUUCUCUUUGACAAAACAAAGUCGGCAUCUUUGGAUUGGCAGAGAAGGUAUCAGAUAGUUACAGGUGUGGCAAGAGGUCUUCUAUACUUGCAUGAAGAGGCUCCUGAAAGGAUUAUUCAUAGAGACAUCAAAGCCAGUAAUAUACUGUUGGAUGAGGAGUUGAAUCCGAAGAUAUCAGAUUUUGGCUUGGCAAGGCUUUUUCCUGGGGAAGGCACCCAUACACUGACAUUUAGGAUUUCUGGUACUCAUGGUUACAUGGCUCCUGAAUACGCUAUGCAUGGAUACUUGUCAGUGAAGUCUGACGUUUUUAGCUUUGGUGUUCUGGUGUUGGAGAUUGUGUGUGGGAGAAAGAAUCAUGAUGGGCGGCUUGGUACAGAAAAGGCAGACCUCUUGAGUUACACCUGGGCACUCUUUCAAAGAGGCAAGGCAUUGGAGUUGGUUGAUCUUAGCCUUUCCAAGUGCAACCCUGAUGAGGCAGCGAUGUGCAUACAACUAGGGUUGCUAUGUUGUCAAGCAAGCAUUCAAGACAGGCCUGACAUGAAUUCUGUUCAUCUCAUGCUCUCAAGUGACUCCUUUACUUUGCCUAAACCUGGAAGACCAGGCAUUCAGGGUCGCCAAGGGCGGUGGACUUCUACAAGUACUUCCGCUCUCACUGGCACUAAUCGUACGAGCAGUACAUACACUGGUGCUACCAAGAUUUCUUCCGGUAGCAGUUUUGUUGAGGAUUAUUCUAGGAAUUCAAUUUCUCUUUCUUCCGUUGAUGAAGGUAGAUGACCAUUUAUAGUUAUGCCGUGUACAUUAGCCGCCCCAUUUAUCUUGUGCAAAUUAAGCUGUUUCCGCACCUAUUUAUAAUUAAUGUUUGUUAUUAAUAGCAUAACACUAGUGUUUAACUAAUUUACCUAACUUCAGGAACAAGUUUGUACUGGAUUUUAAUUGUUAAACGCAUAAGAAAAACAUGUAAUAAAUUGUCUUUUCGUCAGUGUGCA